CAAUUGAGUUGCGCUCUUUCGAGAGAGAAAGUUUUGUUGGGUAACUUAUUGAUCGCUCGGGUGAGGACCCGACGUUAGGACAGGCGGGUCAUUGGGAUUACGGCCACGAACUGUGGUUAACUGUGGUUAGGGCUCGACUCAAGCCACCCUUCAGUGCAGUGUGGUCAUUUCCAUAAGCACCGUGGUUAUAUAAUGCGUGUAAAUGUGUGACAGGAGGGGGAAGCCACGUCACCCUCUUAAAGUUAUCCUUGUGACGUGACCACGAACGCACGAGUGAUUUGAAAAUAAUUGCACGCAAAAAGGUGCGUCUCGUGACUUAUUAACACGUCUCUCGCUUGAAUAACAAUGGGAGAAUGCAACGUGAAGACUACGGGGGCGUUUGAACUCAACUUGCCUCCCAGGAGGAAACCGGGAGUGACUGAGACACCCGCGGAGGACACAUUGGAUAGCUUUGACCGGGCUGUCACUCACUUCCAUAAAUGGAUCAUUGAUACGGUCGAUGAUAUCGAUGCAGUCCUCCAGCAAACCGAUGAGGAGUUUUCACAAGCUGAGGCCAGCUUGGACAACUUAUUUAAACCCUUUAGAAGCACGGCAACAGACAGCCUGGAGGAUUAUGUGAUUGACAAUUGUGAAUGGCCCAAUAAAAUUGAUAAAAGCCACUGGGAUGGUAGCACCGAACCUCGUCAUGAUAUUUAUUCUGAAGUCAAGCAGCAAUCCAGGCUUUUCAAGCAGCAAGAAAUGCAAGAUGCGGGGGAUAACUGCACUUACCAGAAGCCUCAGGAGCAGCUGUACGUCCAUGGGCCUGGCGACGACGUGGAGGUGCUUGGUGCCAGCGGCUCUGAUGAGAGCCGUGAGCGAGCCGUCACCGUGCCGCGCCCCGCCAAGGAGCACCUGCUGCGGGCACGGCCAUGUCGAUACCUGCGCAGACUGAGCGGCAAUGGACGGCACGGCAGCUGGUUUAGAAGGCUCAUUUUCUCAGGGUGCAUGGCUUCCUCAAAGCAAGAGUAACAGCAAAAUAGCAUUUACUUGGGACAUUUUGCAGACGUGUUUCAUCAAAUGAAUAUUACCAAGAGUCAUGGAUAUGCAGAAGUGCUCAUUUAAAUGUUGUGACCCCUGAGGUCAUGAAAGGGGUUGUGGGGAGGGGGGGGGUUUGGACUGAUUCAGAUGUCACUCACCACUGAUGUUAACUAUGUCCAGAAACUAGACGCAGGUCGUCAGGUCCACAGCAAAAUGCCUGAACCAAUGCACCAUCGCUCCACCCAAUUGCAUUAAUUGUAAAAAAAACGAAUUAAUAUACCAGCUGGUUGGUGCUCUGGCAGAGCACUUGACUCGCAGUUUGGAGGUCACGUGUUUACAUCCUGAUCUGAGGUUAACGACCACACUUUCCCAUUUGCUUGCAUAAUCCAGCAGCUCCUGCGGGGAAUGGACAAACAUUAUACAAGGCAGAGAGAGAGAGAGAGGUGUUAUGUUUGUGAAGUGGACUUGUAGCUGGGCUAGUGGAUUUGCCACCGGCUGGCACUGGCAGUUUAAGGACCGGCAUCUGUAGAAGAUGCUUAUGGAGGAUGCCACUGGGUUGACAGUGGUGGCUGCCCUCCAAUAACAACAGGCGGUGGAGGAGUAAUGCGCCGAGUAAACAAAGAGCCAGGCGGUGUUUCGGCAGCAAGUGGGGUUGUGGAGGCCUCAGUUGGUGUACAAAUUGGCCCACGUUGGCCUGCAAAUCCAACAAUAGCACAUGGGUUUGUCCUUUGACCAUCUGUCAAUAAGCCUUUAAUGCGUGUGGUUGUAAAGAGCACCAAGUCAACAUAGAAUGCUACUGUGACGCCAUCGUCAUUUAGUGGUGAAUGCUGUACGUAAUUGCGUUUGUUGCCUGGGGUGGUUCUUGUACACACUGACCCCAAUAAAUAUAAUGAUAAAUAUAGCUGUGACUUUAGUAUUUAUUUCUCUUCAAUGAGGUGGAUAUUUGUUGUAUUUUACAAAAACGGAAUACAAAUUAAUCGAAUCCAUGCACAGCUGUGUAUAGGUACAGAUUGAAAAUACCUCACCGCAGCUGUCACGAACAAUUCUAUGGUCCACAAAAUAUCACAUACAAAAUAUAUAUAGCAGAGAAAGCAUUGACAGAUAUUGACAAAAAUGCCUCCUCAGCUCUGCGAAAUGGCCAUUGCCCAAUACUUUAGCCUCUGAUAUAUGUUUUCCUGAGUUCAAGUCAUGGUCUUGGGUUUCACUUGGUCAAUAAAAUUAGCAACAUUUGUGGGAAAUCAAUAGUGAUUGCAUUGCAGAGGCUUGUCCCUGGCGCAAUAAUGUAGCAUUUCUACUCCCGGUUCACAGCCACCAAGAGUGGCGAGGCACAAACAACCUUUUUAAUUGAAGGAAGUGGUGACGGAAAUGGCGAAGAUGUCUUUUUGUCCAUUAUUUUUUUUUAUAUAAAAAUAUGAAAUAAAAUUGGCUGUGUCGGGUGGUGGCAGGUUUA